CGUGCGUGUUGCCACAGUAACCGGUUUGUGAGUUGGAAUGCUGUAGCGCUACCGCAGUGAUCAGUGAGGGGGAUGGAGCGAUACCGCUCGGCCUCAUCCGACAACGGCAUCCUGAUCGACAUGGACCCUGACUCACCACGGCACACUGGACAGGGACGUGUUGCUCGCUCGAGCUCCUGAUCCUCACCAGGCUUCUCCCAUGCCCUGAUCAGGGGCAGAGGGCUACUGUUGUCUGGGGGUCAAAUGAAUCUGGACCCUGUGUGCGGCAGGACAAAGCAAACGUCUGCAUCUUGUUGUCCUCUGAAGAGUCGCAGCUCCAUAUUCGAUGGACUUAAAAUGUGUUCUUUUCAAUCCUCAUUAACUCUUGACACGAUCAAGACUCCAAUCCAUUUCCCCCAGUUUAAAUAUUACUCAUGGAUGUCCCGUCAGCAGCAGUUCUAUCUCAGGAUCGUGAACUAGAAUGAAUUGAAAACAGCAGCGGUUUAUCAACGGCCUGGACCAUUUCAUUAGCACCUCUUCCAUAACCAGUAUUUAAUUAUUUGUCACAUGUUCGUUACAGCACAGUGAAUUUUUUUUCUUCUUUCGCAUAUCCCAAUUAGGAAACUAGGGUCAGAGCACAGGGUCAGACAGCUUACAGCACCCCUGCAGCAGAUAGGGUUAAGGGCGAUGCUGGGGCUCGAACCCUCGACCUUCCGAUCAGUAACCCAGUAAACCACAGCCUUAACCGACUGAGCCACCACUGCCUAAUUUACUGCUUGUCAUUAUGUUCUUGUCUCCAAGGAAAACACCUCAGUAUAUAUUUGUAUAAUGUAAAGUAUAUAUGAUGCACGAAAAAGUCUGUGUGCAUGUAUUACUGUGAAAAUGUGUGAUUAUAAUAAUGUUUUCCAGGCCAUCAGUGUUUAAUUGAUUUAUAGUUUCCACUGUUUACAAGCUAUUGUCCUGUAUAUGGCUGUCAUCAUCAGAGCAUUAUAAAUGCUGUACUAAAAAAUGAGGCCCGGCUGUUAAUGCACAAUCUGACAAAAAAGUCAGGAGAACAUUUUCCUGGGCAGUUAAAUACCGAUCUGUUGUUACAUUUCAAAAUCCCCAUUGCAUUCCCUACAUUCUCAGGAUGAGUAACAAGUCAGACUCAGAAGGCAUGGUCUACACGGUGGAAGAACUAGAAUGCAAGAUAUGCUACAGCCGCUACGAUGCCCGCGCUCGCAAGCCGAAGUUAUUGGCGUGCCUGCACCGUGUCUGCGCUCGGUGCUUGAAGAAGAUGGCUGAGAUGGAAUCAUCACCUGGCACCGUCAGCUGCCCGUUCUGCCGCCAUCAGACACAUGUACCCGAUGAGGAAAUCUGGCUCCUGCAGGAUGACAGUAACAUCCUGGCCAUCCUGUCCUACCAGGAGCGAGUGCGGAAGAGCGGCUCGAUGCCUGUGGGUGAGGUUCUGCUCACCCCAAACAGUCUAAGUGGUGGAGAAAUAGGAACAAGUGGAGAAGGAGGAGGAGGAGGAGAGCAGGCCCACAGUUCCUCUGACUGCCUGGUCAUCACUAUCAUGGAGGUUCCAGGCGAGUCAACUUCACCCGACUCCACCGGAAUGCUGAACAUGGUGCGUCUGUAUCGGCCGCCUAGCUUGGACUCGCUGCCAUGCCACGUGCCUGUGCAGAAGUGGCGGGCGUGGACGUCGCGCUCUGUGCCGCGGUUUGUCAUGGGCUUCCUUUGCCUGCUGUACUUCAGCUCGCUGCCCCUGGGCAUCUACCUGCUCAUGAUUCAGCAACUCACACUGGGAGUGAUCCUGGUCAGCCUGGUGCCCUCUACCCUCGUCCUCUGCGUGUUCUAUGGCUUCUGUCAGUGCCUGUGCCAUGAGAUCAUGGAGGCCAUCGCUACAUAGGUUGUGUGUGAUUCAUCAGUCUUUAAACAGUGUGUACCAAGCCAAAAUCACAGAUAUGUCAUUCUGCUCUGAUAGCUCAUCUACUGUUGCACUGGAAUAUACCAGCAUUUAGAAGUGAACUUUCAACCAUCUUCAGUUCAUACAAAGGGCAAUACAUACUAUACAUUUGAAUGAGCUGUUACAUCCUGACAUCCGGUGCAGGUUGUUUGUAUUGAGCUACGGCUGCCAAAAAAUUGCUGUUGAUUUGUUUGUUUGUUUGUUUGUUUGUUGGUUUGUUUCUAUUCUGUACCUGUUAGCUCAGGCUUAACAUGACUGUGAUCCUUUUACAUAACACUAAUAAGGGAAUGAGAAUCAUAUCUUUCAUGGAAAACUAUGGACUUUGUUCCAUAACGUGAAAUAUGUCCUCCCUACUUUUGACAAUCCAUUUGUUGUGUAACUUUACAAUAUCGUCUCCAUAUACUUGUCAAAGUUCCUAGUUGCCUUUGUAAGGCAUGCGAAGUCCCAAGCUAUAUUUUAAUGUUGUAUAUAUGAAAUAAUGUGUUUGUCAUUGCUAUGAGAAUGAGCAAAUGCCUUCAGA